UUUUCCUCCUUCAGUGUAGUCCUGGAGCGCCAGGGAGAGAGGAGUGUUUCGACACAGUCCAACUUCAGGACCAAGAGUUCGGAGCAGAGAGUCCUUGUGCUGGUACAGGCAACAGCGAGAAUCAAACAGCGUCUGGAAAAAAGACAGACAAAAAUGCUCAAGUGAAGCUCGAAGGCCUUCAUCUUGGGACUGUUGUGGAGUGGAUAUGGAGUGCGCAGGAGCAGGUGUUUGCUUGUGAACAGCUCAAGCGGAGAGAGAGGCAAUGGCUGUUCAGGCUGCCAUCAUGAACUCGCAGUUCCUGAAUUUUUGCUUCCCGGGCUCAGGGAUGGAGUUUAAUGUGGACAAGGGUCUGGACGGAGGCCUCGGGCUCUGCGAGUCCGACCGGGACGAGGGUGACUACCGUGAAGCCACACGGGACCUGCUUAGCUUCAUCGACUCAGCCUCCAGCAACAUCAAGCUGGCCCUGGACAAGCCAGUGAAGUCCAAGAGGAAGGUGAACCACCGCAAGUACCUGCAGAAGCAGAUCAAGCGCUGCACGGGGAUUAUCGCUCCCGGGAGCCCCCCUCAGCAGAGCCCGACUCAGACCAGCCCCCUGGCCCCGGACCUGGCCAAGAGGCAGUGCUCUCCGCCAUCGUCUCUGCAGCAACAACCAUAUCAGCAGCCGCAGCAACAGCAACAACAACAGCAGCAACAGCCGGGAACUUUCCAGGGCAAAGUGCCACCUAAGAGGGACGGGGUGCAGGCCAACCUCCAGAGCAAAAGCCUGGCUGCCCUGUUCAACUCCGCGGCCAAGGACAGCCGCGGGGAGCGGGCCAAGAAGCCCCCCCUCCGCCACCGCAACCUGCCCCCCUCCUUCUUCACCGAGCCGGCCAACUGCCCCCGGGUCACGUCCACCUCCGGGAUGAGCCUCAAGGACCUGGAGCGGGGGAACCCGGAGGCGUCCGAGUUCUUUGAGCUCCUGGGGCCAGACUACAGCAACAUGCUCCUGGAGCAGGACUUCUUCCAGAGCGCCGGGCCCGGCUCCCUGGCCCGACUCCCUCCGCAGGACGUUCCGACGACGCCGGGCCUGGAGCCGGUGCCGUACGACUCUCCGCACUACGUCACGGGUGGAUUCGUGUACGCAGAGCCGUGGACUACCUGCCUGGCGCCACCGAAGAAGUCCGCCGAGGGCAUGAGGACUGGCCCCGGUGGCCAGGCUGCCGUCUACAGCCCUUCGGAUUCGGCGGCCCCUGCAGUCCUGGAGGAUGGCUCCUCGUGUGGUCUGGCCUUCCCUGCCUUCUUCACAGACUGCUCCGGCUCUCCGGUCCCAUACGAUGGGAGUCUGACCGCUGGGUACACACGUGGGAGCUUCUCUUUAUAACACAAGCCAUGGAACGCAGUGCCUCUGCAUCUCUACUUAGAAGAGAUGGAGGUAGAUGCGUCAGCUUCUGAACCCCAUUAUGCAGUAGAGUGUUCUUGUUUAUAGAAUUUCAUCUCACGUUCAAAUUCCUUUUCCCCCAACACAUCCACUGAUUCAUGCAGCCAAAAAGAAGGUAAAUCAUUACAUUUUGAGCAUGUUCCCACUUAAAACAGAGUUAAAUGUAUUACACAAGUAAACUGAAGUUUUUGCUUGUUAAGAUCUUAAAGCACAUCUCAGGGGGUAAUUUGCUGCGGCCAAUCAAUUUUCUUGUUUACCAGCAGAUUUUUCAGUGAGUGUAAGUGUCAGUUCAGUUUAAGUUUUCAGUAAGAGUGAUAUAAAGCGGUUAAAUUUCAAUUUCUGAACAUCUGUUCAUGUUGUGUCCGAGUCCCCUCAUGCUUCAGUUCGUUGUGUCAUUUCUAUGUACUAAAAGAAGCCAAGUUUACAGUCCUGUAGUUAAUGUUUUAAUUGCUCCCCCUUAAAGCAAAGCUGGAGCCACAUCUCCAUGAUGACGUUUUUAAUUAAUGGUGCUCUGACAGUUGUUUAGGCUCACAACAAUCAUCUCUGUGAAUCUUUAAUCCUAGCUUUCCAUGGCUUCUCAGUACCACUCCGACUGUGCAAUGAAAGCAAGAAUGUACUCUCAAAAUACAUCAAAGUUUUAAUUGAUCUUUUAUUUCCAGGGCAUUAGGUUGAAAUGACUGUACAGAUGAGAGUGUGUGCUCACUUUACACCCUAGACCUGUUUCAGAAAUCCCAAAAUAUAAUAGACAAAAUGCUAACACACAAGAUAGGAUUGAGGGGCAAGAUACUCUAUUGCAAACUAACAUUCCAUCAUUAGAUAUCAUAUCCAUUUUCAUUCAAAUUAAAUAAUAAUUUUCCUAAUGUCAUUUAUAUGCUUGUUGUUAGUAUAACUGAAUCUCCUUCUUUCCUAUUUGUUUGUUGCAAGUAUAUGAAGCUGGACUCUUCAAAGUUACUGUGGACAUUUUUGAACAUUUGUAUGCAAUAGACACAGGCACCAACAUCUUUGUUAUCUGAUAUUUGUUGAAUUUUCAGAUUUUGUACAGAAAAGGUUGGGUAGGUAGGGAGUCAUGGUGUAGAAUCAGAACACAUUGUACAGAAAGUUUAAUGUGUACAAACAGAUGUAUAAGUAUGCUACAAAAAUAAAG